CAGUGAGGGAGAGGGCGGCGUGAAGUGCAGAUCUCAGACCGGUUUUUCGCCGAUACCGAGAAGGACGCCGGUAAAGUGAACAAGCCCAAACCCGUUUGUCGCAGAAGAACACCGGACCGUCACGUUAAUUCACCGGGAAGACGAACACAACCACCGAGAAAGGGUUCAAGAACGGAGCUUUGGGUGACGGAAGGGGCGAGUUUUUGGUCAAAGUUUGAGCUGUCAGUCGCGGUAAGGCAGCUCGAGGGUAGAGGGAUUUCCAGCUGAGGAGACCCCGGAGCGGCCUGAGUGCUCAUCCGUCACCGGAGCAGGGGAAACCGGGGGAGAGCGGCGCGUCGGCCCAGGGGGAGUUUUACUCCACACAGAGGCAGAGAGAGCGAUCGCUGGGUGCCGGGUUUUCCGGACAGAGACCUCAUGAAUGGAAAUCGGAACAACAGGAGCCGUUGGAGCCCAAGCCGUUGGAGCCCAAGCCGUUGGAGCCCAAGACCUCUUUGCGUUGCCACGACGACCGGGCUAUGGCACUGUUGGGAAGCCCAUCAAGCUUCUGGCCAACUGCUUCCAAGUGGAAAUCCCCAAAAUUGACGUCUACCUCUAUGAAGUGGAUAUUAAACCUGACAAAUGUCCUCGCAGAGUCAACAGGGAGGUGGUGGACACCAUGGUUCAGCAUUUCAAGGUGACCAUCUUUGGUGACCGCCUGCCUGUUUACGAUGGGAAGAGGAGUCUCUACACCGCGAGCCCACUUCCUGUCGCCACCAGUGGGGUGGAUCUGGAUGUCACCCUGCCAGGUGAAGGAGGGAAGGACCGCCCGUUUAAAGUCACCAUCAGGUUUGUGUCGUUGGUCAGCUGGCACUUGCUGCACGAGGUCUUGACCGGACGUGCCAUGGCUGAACCUGUGGACCUGGAGAAACCCAUCAGCACUAAUCCUGUUCACGCUGUGGACGUCGUCCUUCGACACCUCCCCUCCAUGAAGUACACCCCCGUCGGACGGUCUUUCUUCUCCUCCCCAGAAGGCUAUGACCACCCACUGGGUGGGGGGCGAGAGGUUUGGUUUGGUUUCCAUCAGUCAGUACGGCCGGCCAUGUGGAAAAUGAUGCUCAACAUUGAUGUGUCAGCCACAGCCUUUUACAAAGCUCAGCCGGUCAUUCAGUUCAUGUGUGAGGUCCUGGACAUUCACAACAUUGACGAGCAGCCCCGCCCACUCACCGACUCCCACAGGGUCAAGUUUACCAAAGAGAUCAAAGGUCUCAAAGUGGAAGUGACACACUGUGGAACCAUGCGUAGGAAGUACAGAGUGUGCAACGUGACACGACGCCCUGCGAGCCUCCAGACGUUUCCUUUGCAGCUUGAGAACGGUCAGACAGUGGAACGCACAGUGGCGCAGUAUUUCAGAGAGAAGUACAGUCUGCAGCUGAAAUAUCCCCACCUGCCUUGUCUGCAGGUGGGCCAGGAGCAGAAACAUACCUACCUGCCACUGGAGGUUUGCAACGUUGUAGCAGGUCAGCGCUGCAUUAAAAAACUAACAGAUAACCAGACAUCGACUAUGAUCAAAGCAACUGCUCGUUCAGCACCAGACAGACAAGAGGAGAUCAGCAGGCUGGUGCGGAGCGCAAAUUAUGAGGCCGACCCAUUCGUCCAAGAGUUUCAGUUCCGCGUCCGGGACGAAAUGGCUCAGGUGUUGGGCCGCGUACUGCCGGCCCCCAUGCUGCAGUAUGGCGGCAGGGUGAGCUCUGAACCAUUUAUGCCCCAGCAGAUAAACCCUGCACUGUCGUUCCAGAACCGCACGGUGGCCACACCCAGCCACGGGGUGUGGGACAUGAGGGGGAAGCAGUUUCACACCGGAGUGGAAAUCAAGAUGUGGGCCAUCGCCUGCUUUGCCACCCAGAGGCAGUGCAGAGAGGAGAUCCUCAAGAGCUUCACUGAACAGCUGCGGAAAAUCUCAAAGGAUGCUGGGAUGCCAAUCCAAGGCCAGCCGUGCUUCUGCAAAUACGCCCAGGGAGCUGACAGCGUGGAGCCCAUGUUCAGACACCUGAAGGACACCUACGCCGGGCUGCAGCUCAUUAUUGUCAUACUGCCAGGGAAAACACCUGUCUACGCUGAAGUGAAACGCGUCGGGGACACCCUCCUCGGCAUGGCCACGCAGUGUGUCCAGGUGAAGAACGUCGUGAAAACGUCUCCACAGACGCUCUCCAACCUCUGCCUCAAGAUCAACGUCAAACUGGGAGGAAUCAACAACAUCCUGGUUCCACACCAGCGGCCGUCUGUGUUCCAGCAGCCUGUCAUCUUCCUCGGCGCAGACGUCACUCAUCCUCCUGCCGGUGAUGGGAAAAAACCAUCUAUUGCAGCGGUGGUGGGCAGCAUGGACGCCCACCCCAGCAGGUACUGCGCUACAGUGCGAGUCCAGAGGCCCAGACAGGAGGUCAUUCAAGACUUGGCGUCUAUGGUGCGAGAGCUUCUGAUCCAGUUCUACAAAUCAACGCGUUACAAACCGACCAGGAUCAUCUUCUACAGGGAUGGAGUGUCCGAGGGCCAGUUCAGACAGGUGCUGUACUAUGAACUACUGGCCAUCAGGGAGGCUUGCAUCAGUCUGGAGAAAGAUUACCAGCCGGGGAUUACGUACAUCGUCGUACAGAAACGCCAUCACACGCGCCUCUUCUGUGCUGAUCGCAACGAGAGGGUUGGACGAAGUGGAAACAUUCCUGCCGGCACCACAGUGGACACAGACAUCACUCACCCAUAUGAAUUUGACUUUUACCUCUGCAGUCACGCUGGGAUCCAGGGUACGAGUCGUCCUUCUCACUACCACGUUCUGUGGGACGACAACUGCUUCUCCGCUGAUGAGUUCCAGCUCCUCACCUACCAGCUGUGCCACACCUACGUCCGCUGCACUCGGUCCGUUUCCAUCCCAGCGCCGGCCUACUACGCACACCUGGUGGCCUUCCGCGCGCGCUACCACCUGGUGGACAAAGAACAUGACAGUGCGGAGGGCAGCCACGUGUCGGGGCAGAGUAACGGCAGAGACCCUCAGGCUUUGGCCAAAGCUGUUCAGAUCCACCACGACACGUUGAGGACCAUGUACUUUGCCUGAACCUUCUUCCACAUCGCAUCCUCUUGUCUCAGCCUCUCAUCCAGUCUUAAGGUUUGACUCCACGCUAGGGCGCCUCUGGUGCGAGGCGGUGGCUACUGCAGGCCGCGCGAGGAAUCACAGCCACGUUAUGCAACAUGAAAACCAGCCAAUUGUUCCUGCCGCUGCGUCACUUACUCCUCUCCACAUCAUCUCCAUUCUGAAUCUCCUUUUAGCCUCCAGGUUUGACGACACAAACUCAAAACUACGUUGUUGCAGGGAUUAUCGUAAUGUGCGUAUGGAUUACGGCAUAGCCGGUGGGAAAAUAUGAACAAAAACUGAUGAUUCUUUGGUGCGUGGUUGUGAAUGAAGCAGAACCGGAGAAAAGUCCUGACUUCUUCACAUUGAGCCUAACAUUGCUGGUUUAUACUGUAUUUUAUUUUAUUUUUCAGCUUUCUAGAUACUGUAUGUGUUUGUGUGUCGAGCAGAUGUGCGGUCGCCAUAGCAACUUGUGAGCGGAGUGCGACCCGCCCCCCCUUUUUUUUCCCUUCAUAACAACAGUCAUUCUUGUGUCUCCCUCCGUUAAUCCAGUGGUUUAACAGUCGUGGAAUCGAGUCACGACUCUUCGCUCUCCCGACACAGACACUGAAUGAAAUCUUUAACCUUUUUUUGUUUUGUUUUUUUCUAAAAGAAAAGCCACGUAUAUACUGUCCCUUUUUAAAGGCUUUGUUUGUGCAUCAAUUGUUUGCAAGUCGAAAUGAACUGUGUUCAAUUUUAAACUUUUCUAACUCAAAUUUCAGUUUGGUGCAGCGUCUUAUACCAAAUUUAUUCUUGUAUGUUUUAUUACUCUCAUUUAUUUAUGAGUGUGUUUCUAUUUAAACUUUUAAAUUAAACACGUAUGCAGCAAUAAAAACGAAAGACGGACUGUUUUUAAUCUUCAAAUCUAUCACACCACAAACGUCGGCUUCUUCUUUAAAAACACGAGUUGAGAGCUCCUUCAGCGCGAUGUGAGAUUUAAACGCAGGAGAAGCGGAGGGUGUUUGUCGAGUAUUUGUGUGUCACAGUGGUUUGUUGUGAGGGAGUUUUAGGACGUGACGAUGAGCCAGGAUUCGGGAAUGUGUUGUUUGUGACAGUGACGCUGGAUCAGUAAGGAUCAGUGAGGAGGUGCUUGGAGAAAAGUGAUGAUCAAAGUGCCUGAUGUUGUUGGUUUUGCAUGUUGGUUUGAGUGUUGAUGCAGAAGUGCGCAGAUACUGCACUGUGUUGAAGAUGGCACUGCAACUAAGUUAUUUUCAUAAUCGAUUUAAUAUGUCCGUCAUUUUCUGAUGAAUCGAGGAAGUAUUUGGCCCACAAACCGAAAUUAAUUCAGUUUUAAUGGUUUCUUCGUUAAAAGGAAGCAAAAACACCUGGAUAUAGUCACAUUUAGGCAGCUGAAAAAUGUGUUAAUAAACUAGUUGGCGAUUCAUUUAGUUAUAGAUUAGUCAUUGAUUAGGAAGAUCUUUUUCAUAAUUUGGUGCUAAAUAUCUUUCGAUUUCAUCAUGUUUUGAUGCAGAUUCUGCACCUACAUCAUUUAUGAAUUAUACACUUAUUUUCUUUUAUCAACAAUAAAUAAUUUGAUCUCUUAAGGUUUCAUCGUCCUCUGAGGUUUUCCUGUUUGCACUUUUAACAAAAUUUAAUCAAAUUGGAUGUUUCUUUUAGUUUCAGUCCGACUUCUGUCACUCAGUGAAACAGUUUUAAUAAAUUAUUGUUGAAUAAUUUCUGGCAUUUCUCAAGGAAAAUGUAUUUAUUCAAGCUUCUGGAAUGUGAGCACUCUAAUUUGUCUUUGUCGGUGAGUUUUUUAGCUGAUUCUCAGACGUCUGAAGACGUCAAAUCAGGCUUUUUUUCUUCAGACUAUGAAAACAAUGAUUAGUUGCAGCUCUGCUCGGUUUGUUGUUUUAUAAAUGUUUCAGCACCAAAAACCCGGCUCCACUGAUGGAAAUCUAACAUUUUCUCGAGUAUAAAUCUCUCUUUUGGCAUGAAAUCAUGUCAAUAUAUAAUAAGUUAAUUUACAUUCAAUUAUUAUUUUUUUUUCAUAAUGAGAAUUUGAUCGUUGUUGCCAGAGUUUUGGAAACGGUACAUGUGUUUGUUUUAACAAAAACAAAAAAGAGUUAUUGGUAUUUUUCAGUGCUUGGACCAAACCAAUGUGCCUGGUGGUUGGGGAGGGGGUUGGUGUAGGACUCGAGAAGGUGUCGAUACUUGUACGGCGUCGUUCUUAAAAAUGCUGCGUCACCACAACCAAACGGUAGCUGCUAUAUUUAAUAUCAGUAGGUUUUAAAUAAAAUAGGAACUUAUGGUAUUUUACAUCACUUAAAAUUAGCUGGGUGUGUUUGUGGUUGAGUCCAGUUUUGAAGUCUAAAUGUUUUCUUCGAUUGUCAGAGACGAUUGUCUCCGCUGCGUUUGUUUGUCGUUGUGUUAGAAGCCGUUUCCCGAGGUCAGAAAUUACCAGCAUUUGAUUUUACUUGAAUAGUUUUAGUAGUUUUUGUGGGCAUGUUUAACAUAGUGCUCUGCUUGUUUUUCAAAGUUUAUAAUAUACAGUAUAUAUAGAUGUAAUUAUGUAUACACAGAGCCUUAUUACAGAACCCCCCUGUUUUCCUGUCAUGAUGCCACUUCAAGCUGUUUGACUUUUUAAAGCCUUGACGAGCUGAUUGAUGGCUUUUCCCCUCUUUAAGAAAAUAAAAGCCUUUUUUAAAAACUAUAAAAGGAGAUAUAUUUAUAUUUACAGAUACUAAUCAGUAUCUGUAAACAGUAAAACACUUAUUUUUCCUAUUUGAAGCAGAACAGCUGUGUUGAAAUAAUGGUCACUUUUCCCAAAUUUGACGAUGCAAAUCUCGUGCUUUGAGAAGAAAUGUGUUUUGUUUUUUUUUUGUUUUUUGCGUUGAUCUGCUUUUUCUGAGAUUGUCGGAGACGUCGUUGGUGUUGUUUUGUCGAUGCGCCGACCCUCCUCCGUCGUGACGAACGGCUCGAUGCCACUCUUUCACGUCCGAUAUACAGAUAUCACAUUUUACACUGCGAAAUGUCCGACAUAAUUUUCCAACUGUGUAACAAAUAUAAGCAGCUUAAAACAUGACUAAGCUAAAAUGCUGUCGCUGAUUUUUAUCUUUCUGAUAUCUGAUCCAGUGAUUUAUCAUUUUCGUUCCAGUAUCGGACAGUAUCGAUAUUAUGUCAUGAUGCAAACUUUUACCUCAUGACUUUUAAACGACUUUGCCAUUAAUAAUAAGUUUGUGUCGUUUCAGAAACACAGUGUCUAACGGUGUGGCAGGCGUUUGUCGUCGUAGUCACAUGACGCCAUGUCUCUUUCCAGCAUGUUGUGUCAGAUUUGACCGAUAUCUCAUACAUGAUAUUUACUUUAUUUCAGUGAUGAGCUGAUACAAUACUUGUUAUCACUGGAUUGGAUAUUAAAAUGUGAUUUUAAAUGCUUCACUCGACAAAGGCAACAUCGAAAUGUUUUUAAAAUUGGAGGUUUAUAGCUGGUAGGCGUGAGAAAACAUACAGAUAUACUAAUAUAUUGCAAUAUUUCAUGGCAUCAGUUCUUUAAAGUGCUGUAUUUAUACUUCACAAAUAUUCUCGAUAGUGUUUUUUUUUUGGUUGUAUUUAAGCCUCCGGCCCCUAGUGAGCAGCAGGCUUUCAGCCAUUUGACUCCUUUCACUCCUCACCUGUCCAUAUAAUGUUAUUAAUUUUACUAUAGUAUUUUACUAUACUUUAACUUUAAUUAAAAUAGUCAAUUUUUGAUGUGGAAAAAUCGGAACUGUAACAACUUGUAAACCUAGUAUAGUGAUAUACAUCGUAUCGGAAUAAAUCCAUCAGUGCAAACUUCUUAAGAGGGAAAAGACUGGUGUCGAUAUCAGUAACAUCUGGUGUGAGGAAAAUCUUGAUAUACAAAAAUAUUGCGAUAUUUCAUGGUAUGAUACUGUAUUAAUUCUUUAAAGCACUUGAUAGCGGGUUAAGCCUCCGACCACUAGUUGGCAGCAGGACUUCGGCCAUUUGAUCUCAAACUAGGCAAAAAGAAAACAACCUUUAACAUUUACAUCGUAACUGGACAUGUAUCGUAUCGCUAGUGGCUAGGAGAUAAAGGUGUCACGUGAAAACUGGUGUCAAUAUCGGUAGAUCAUAGUAUCAGUAAUAUCGGGCGUGAGAUUAUAUUGAUAUGCAAAAAUACUGCGAUAUUUUGUGGCAUGAUACUGUAAGCCUCUGACCACUAGGCCCAAAUUGGCCCAAAGUGUGUGUGCAAAAAUAUUGUAGCUUUUAUGUUGAGACCGCAAAAGUGGUAAAAAGACUGAUGUCGUUAUCGGUUUGUCGUAAAAUCGGACUCAGAAAAAGUGGCUUUGACUAAAUUCUAUCAUCUCAAAUGCUCACUGGAGGAAUUAAUGACUCGAUCUCGUCACACGUACGAACUGCGAGAAUCAAUUUUAGGAGGAGGGUCUGAACGUUUAUCCACGGACUCCAUAAAAACUUGCUGUGCCUUUUUCUCAUGGUGCUACAAGAAAGAACAUCAAAGAAUGUGCUGCAAAAAAACACAAGUGUAUAUAAUAUUAAUAUUAAUAAUACAUGGCAAUACUGUAAAGAGCGAGUGAGUGUGUGUGUGUGAUUCUGACACCAAGAACAGGAAAAUUAUGUAACUGAUGGGUUUGGAGUGAACAGGACCAAAAGUUCUGUGGGAUCAGUUUUGAAAAGGACAAACACAAAGACAGGGAACACGACUCACCACUCCGUACGUAAACAAGUAGCUCAGCGUAGACUUUAUGUAGCAUAAUUUAUUUAACUAAUAUUUCUACUUUGACCCCCCCUUCUUUGUUUUUUCUUUCUUUCUCACUGCCUUUGAAACAUUUAUCUGCUUUAUCACUCGUGUGUGUACAUGUGUGAGUGAGUGUUUGUUCUUCAAUCGACGACAGUAACGUCGCAAGUUUCCGUGCGACCGGUUUAUUCUUCCCUCUCCGUGUGUUUGCAUGUCGCUUUUAUUUCUUUUUAAUGUGAAAUCUAAACGUUUACAAACAUCUUCCUUGUCUCCAUAUUUAACUUAUGUCCCCCACAAAAAUAAAACACUUGUGUGUUUUGGCUGCAUAUCAUCAAACUCAAAACUAUCUAUUUUUGCCUGAUUAUGAAUUUGUGUCACUUUUAGAAUUUUUUUUUUUGUCUUAACACUCAUGUGAUCCUGGUCCUACAUUGAGCCUUUUUAUUUGGUUGUUAUUAUAUUUAAUUGUUUGGUUUUUUUGGAAUAAAUACACUUCUGUAUGAAAA